CAUCCGUAUUUUUUUAUAUUUUCACCAAACUCUGAAUUUACUCAUUUGACCGGAUUUCUAUGAAAGACGAAAGUAAGUAUUUUAUUUGUGUUUUGAAGUUUCAGCUAGCUUUUAUUGAAUUAUACACUACCUAAAAAACGCUGUUACAGUGUUACCAUCCGCUCCUUAACAGACUAUCACAAUCAAAAUAAAGUUGGUUAGUUCGCAUUCAUAAUAUUUACAUUUAGUCUAGUGAUAACGGUUUCUGCUGUUAACAGUCGUGAUAUUCUGAUAUCGAGUGAUAUCCCAUUAUGAUUAUUCUGUGGACAAAUGUUUUAAAAUUCAAAUUAAUUUGACUAACUCGUUUUACUGUUAAUGGUUUAUGAUUAACAUAUUUUACAAUUAUGGAUUCUUCUAAUAAUGUUAAGAAGAGACAACGCCAAAUACAUACAUUUUUUCAAAAAAAACUUAAAGCGGAAAGUGAAAAAAACAGUGACGUCCAAGUUACACAAGUUACACAAAUUUACAAUGACUCCAAUUCAAAAAAUGUAUUUACUCAGUCUGAUGUAUCAGUAAAUAAUACAACUAUUGAUUGUGAAAAUAUAGCACAUAAUCAAUGUAACAUGUCAAAUAUGACUAGUACCAGUGAAGGUAAUGUUUUAGUGACUAUGACUGAUUCAGAUAUUGGUUUAAUUAUUGGUCGACCUCGCCAUCAGGCAACAUGAAUUAUUAUAUAAGAGUGUAUCUUAGAUAUAAUAUAUCCAAACUGCAUUCCAAAAUGUAUUCAUUGACCAAUGUGGGUACACAUAAUAUGCAAAUACAAAUAUUGCAGCUUAAAAUUUAUUGUAAAAUAUAUUUUUUUGAACAUGGAUACCUACAAUUGUAUUUACAUUUUAUUUCUC